AGCGAGCGAGCGAGGAGGGUGGGAAGGGAGGGGGGAGCGGGGUGGAGGUGAGAGCGGAGCGGGGAGCGGGGAAAGCGCGGGCCCAGCGCCAUGAGUAUUCGGCGUCGCGUUUGAACGAACGUGGAAGGCCGUAUCGGUCUCGAGGCUGAUCCGAGUUUGGCGAUGGCACGGCGAUCGACCUGCUAAACUUUGUCCCUCAAUCGAUCGCCAACUGUUUCCGUUUGGAAUUGCAAGCAGCACCAGCGUAUGUACUUGCGAGCUCUGUCCGCAGCUGAGAUGUGUCGUAACGCGGUUUUGUAGGCGUGCCAAUGGCCGAUAAGGUCGUGUUCUGAUGUAAUGUGAUAGACGAUCUACACCGCGGCGAAUGCGUGGAGUGUGCGAGAUGAGUUUCGGGUCUGAAGUUUCAGCCUGAACUGUCUUUGGUAGGGCCUGUAGUACCCUGUCAUCCAAGCAAUGGGAGUGAAGGCAACUUCACGGCAGAGUAAAGAUUCAAAUGAAGCUUCAGAUUUUGCCAAUGGAUCCCGUGAUCAACAACAGGCGGCAAAUGUUGGAGGGCCGACAUCUUCCAGCAAACCUCUUGAUAAGCAAUCCGCAAUGCGGCGGAAGGUUGAUAGUGUUCUCGAUGACGUGAUGGGAGACCCUGAGGAUUUCAGGGACUUUGCCGACUCCGAUGGAGAAAGCGGUGGGGGUCGAUGGGAAGAUACUGUCAGAGCGGCUCUUGAGCAUGAAGAAGCUGGAAAUGGAGCUGCUCAUCAAGACAGUAGAGAAUCUGAGGGUGAGCAUUCGAAGGGAUUACGCGAAGUGUCUUCUAAAAUUAUGGAACAGAAGUCCGAAGAAGAAAAGUCGAAAGGAUCAGCACAUGGUCCAAGUUCUUCGGGAGAUCCAGGUUUAUCUGGCCAACAUGGGAAAGGAAGACUCAGAAAAAGUCAUGAUACUGAAGGACGCAUCCAUUCCUCUCAUGUUCCCCAUGAGACCUCUGCUUCAAAGCAAGGGAAAACUCAUCAGACAAGAUACUUCAUCAUUAAGAGCCUGAAUCACCACAAUAUAGCGAAGUCCAUAGAGAAUGGAAUAUGGGCUACGCAAGCUAUGAAUGAACCGGUUCUCAAUGAGGCGUAUGAGAGUUCGGAAAGGGUUUUACUCGUUUUCAGUGUAAAUAUGAGUGGGCAUUUCCAAGGAUAUGCCCAAAUGGCAUCACCUAUAGGUCGAAGAAGGGCUAACGUAUGGACGGAAGGAAACGAAGGGACGAAUCCUUGGGGAGGUUCAUUUCGAGUUGAAUGGCUGCGUCUGCAUGAUCUGCCUUUUCAAAAGACCGUUCAUCUGAAGAAUCCCCUGAACUUCCACAAGCCUGUAAAAAUCAGUCGAGACUGCCAGGAGCUGACAUUGGAAAUUGGGGAUGCUUUGUGUGCUCUCAUUGACGAGGGUGCAGACAGAGAAGGCAAACCUAAACGGAAGGUCGUUCUAGCUGAUCUUGCAGCUCAUACGUCCAAAAAGAAAAGAGGAGAAGCUGCUGGGAUGCCUCCAGAUGUCGCGUUUAGGCAGCAGGUAGUUCCUGCAUCAAGUGGAGGUCCACACUUUCCUGGGGGUUACAUUCCACACCUCCAGGGAGGAAAUUCCCACGAACCCUUUCCAUCGACUGGUUCCUUGGGCAGAGUCUCUGGAGGCUUCUUGAAUCAGAUCUGUAGUCCAUUAGACACCUUGAGAGUUUCAAGAUCCAAGUCACCUCAUCCUGCCACGUCUGAUAAAAGCAUGGAGUGGGACCGCGAUCAUGAUCGAGACCAUAGGCGUAGAGUAAGAGAGAGGCCUGUGGAUUGGGACAGACAUAGAGAUGCUCGCAGCAGCAGUAGUGGUCGCACGGGUGAUGUGUCAAUCGAGGAGGAUCUUCUCAACAUGACCUAUGAGGAGUAUCUCCUCCGGCAUGGGCAUGCGAAAGAUUCUAGUGGCUAUCAUCAGGGUGCUGGUUCUUACGCUUACAAUCAGGCAAAUUCAGUCUAUCGAGGAAACUGGAUCGGGAAAACUCCAGGAAUGGGCUCCUCAGACGAUCAGUAUUCAAACUAUAUCGCCAACUGGUACAGCAGGCAGGGCCCAGCUUCGGUAGGCGAUGGAUUCAUUGGCAAUGGGUUGGCCAAGAACUACCCCGCAAUGGCCUCUUGUCCACAGUGGAAUUGGAAAGGUGAUGACGCGAGACCUCGGCAACUCUCGAGGACUUUGGAUGGAAAACCAGGGUCUCAUUUCUGGGAGCAAAAUGGCCGGGCAUCCAGGUGCAUAGAACAUAUUACUGAGGCUGGUAGUUAGCGUUGAAAGGGAAGCUUAUGCACUCUUAAUCUAAGAGUAUAUUUCGCAGGCGUGCUAUAACUAGAAUGCUUAGUUCUGUAAGUUUCUUGUGUAUUGUACAGACACUAAAAAAAUGCCGCUGUAAUUGCCUACACAAUUCUUUCCCCCGGAGCUAGUCGCUUGUACACUGAGGGUGGCCGACUAGGUCGACGGGUGGGUGAAAUUAUUGAACUAUCAUAGGUGAGUUUGUAUGUUAAUCGUAUAGCUCUUGACUAUUCUUGACCUGUUUAUAUUAUUCACACUUGAACUUCAGUACGAGUAGCAGUGUUGAUCAAGGUUUAGCCCUAUGUCCACAGCGCAUAGAAAAUCUUUCAUUCACCAUCAAGCAUGAGACGUCUCUGGUACGGUUCGAGUUACUGGUGCAGCGGGCCAGUACAUUGUAUAUUGGUUAGUUUUUAGAGCUGGUGAAUGAUUUCUGAAAUUGUCCUGGUAUGAGGUUUAGCUAGACUGACCUUUCGAAAACAUUUAGGUGACAUUUGUGUUCUUGAAGGUCAUAGACUUUAUUCCCUGCAGCUGCGUCGUUCAACCAUACUGGGCCUGAAGACAGGACCACUUGUAAAUGACUUCAACAGAUUCUUGUGGCAUCGAAGAAGGAUAUUCUUUUGGCCGAUCUAAAGUUCUGCCCGCAGUUAUUAAGCUGCCGUGAUUUAAAUUCAUUGGGCUCCACGGGUGGUCGUGCAAGUUUCACGAGCCUUUCAUCCCGUGAGCAUCAUGUGCU